AUGGAGGUUCCGGCAGCAGUCCUGUGGGAGGGCGGGGCGACCCGGCGGGCUGCUAGCGCGCCGGCCGCCCUCAGUCUGCCCGUCGUUGCUCUGGCGCCGCGUCUGUCCGUCGAUCGAUGCGGACGCCCGCCCCACGCUCGGCGGGUGGGCUCCUGGCCCCUGGAUCUCGCGGGGCGCAGACUGCACGGGGCUGGGGGCUCCGGUGCAGCGACCUUUCUCGGGGGCGUAGGGAACCUCUCUCGGACCUGGGUUGGCGCCUGCGCAUUCCCGGCUCAUCUCCUCGGUCCCCGCUCGGCUCCCGCAACAGCCGGGGCUCCUCUCUGCCUCAAUUGCUCCACCCUCCCUGGAGACAGGUCCCUGGGUGCAAGGAGCCCGGUGCCCUGCAAUGGCAGCAGGGCCCUGGGGCCCUUUGACCCCCAGGACUUGAACCUGACUGAUGAGGAGCUCAGGCUCAAGUACCUGGGGCCCCAGCAGACGGAGCUGUUCGUGCCCAUCUGUGUCACGUACCUGUUGAUCUUCGUGGUGGGCGCCGUGGGCAACGCGCUGACCUGCGUGGUCAUCCUGCGCCACAGGGCCAUGCGCACGCCCACCAACUACUACCUCUUCAGCCUGGCCGUGUCGGACCUGCUGGUGCUGCUCCUGGGUCUGCCCAUGGAGCUCUACGAGAUGUGGCGCAACUACCCUUUCCUGUUGGGCGCCGGUGGCUGCUACUUCCGCACGCUGCUCUUCGAGACUGUCUGCCUGGCCUCAGUGCUCAACGUCACCGCCCUGAGCAUAGAGCGCUACGUGGCCGUGGUGCACCCGCUGCAGGCCAGGUCCGUAGUGACGCAUGCCCACGUGCGCCGCGUGCUUGGGGCCAUCUGGGGCCUCGCCCUGCUCUGCUCUCUGCCCAACACCAGCCUGCACGGCAUUCGGCAGCUGGACGUGCCCUGCCGGGGCACGGUGCCCAACUCGGCCGUGUGCACCCUGGUCCGCCGGAGAGCCCUCUACAACCUGGUCGUGCAGGCCACCGCUCUGCUCUUCUUCUGCCUGCCCAUGGCCACCAUCAGCGUGCUCUACCUGCUCAUCGGGCUGCGGCUGCGGCGUGACAGGCUGCUGAUUCUCAGGCAGGAGGCCAAGGGCAGGGCCAGGACUAGCGACGGCCGCAGGCUCCAGCCGCUGCAGGAUAGGAGUCGGACACAGGUGACCAAGAUGUUGUUUGUCCUGGUCGUGGUGUUUGGGAUCUGCUGGGCCCCGUUCCACAUCGACCGCCUCAUGUGGAGCCUCGUGUCCCGCUGGACCGAGGGCCUGCACCUGUCCUUCCAGUACGUGCACGUCGUCUCCGGCGUCUUCUUCUACUUUAGCUCGGCCGCCAACCCUAUGCUCUACAGCCUCAUGUCCAGCCGCUUCCGGGACACCUUCCGGGAGGCCCUGUGCCUGGGGACCCGGUGUCGCUGCCACGGACCCCGCCACAGCUCCCACAGCCUCAGCAGGGUGACCACGGGCAGCACCGUGUGUGACAUGGGCUCCCCCGGCAGCAGGGCCCAGCCCCUGGCUGAGAAUGGUGGCCCAGAGGGGCAGCAAGAGACGGACCCCUCCUGA